AUGUCCAGAAACAAAGACCCAAACUCGCUUCUCAACAUCCAACACACAUAUAUCCACGAUAGGAUCAAGGGGCUUCAGCAACCAAAGGAAAUAUACAAUCUCAUCAUAGAUAAAAAUGUCGAAUCCAUCUUGUACAAAACAUUUACUAAGGAGCAACUUCUACGAAUAGUUGCUGCCGUUGAACUCAUUGAUGCAGAACGACGCAAAAACUCAUACAUGACAGCAAUGUAUUUAGUCGAAAAGACAAUCUAUAACAUGAAGUGCAUUUUAGCCGAUGUUCAAACCAAGAGGUAUAAAAACGCCAUUGCGUUGUUUCAAUACAAAGACCAAGACUUUGAUUUCGAGGUUGAGGAUUUCUAUCACAACAAAUUUUUGAGAAACCCCCAGGUUCAGCAAUUUUUCAAUGGCAACUUUAACCAUAUGAACUUUGAAUACAACGCCCUUGAGACUAGAGUGUUUUUAACUGAUAAUGUUACUCCCAACUCUAUGCCGAUUUACUACAACAAAAAUGUACAACAGUUUGUUAUACCACAAAUCAAGAAAGUUGCUCAGAGCUUGCUCAAUUUGAUGAUCUCUAUGGAAGAGUACCCAUUUAUACGGUUUUACAAGCCACCAAAUGCGAACUAUGAAGCAAAGACUUUACCGGAAUUAAUUGCUGAUGAGUUUCAGAUGCAAAUGGAUAACUAUUGUAGAUACAAUGAUAACUACCCAACACCAGAGGUUUCCGCUAAAACAAGGUCGGUGUUGUUGAUAACUGAUAGAACAAUUGAUUUAUACGCACCACUAUUGCAUGAGUUCACCUAUCAAGCUAUGGCAUACGACAUUGUCGAAUCUUUGGAGAAGGAGAAUGUUUUCAAAUACCAAAGUGAAAACGAAAAAGGUGAAGUGAAUGAUGUUGAAGCAGCAUUGACUAAUGAAAAUGAUGAGGAUUGGAUCAAUUUGCGGCACUUGCACAUCAUUGAAAGUUCGGAGUUGAUUGUCAACAAGAUUACGGAUUUGAUCAAGAACAAUCCUUUGCUUAUAGACAGAUCCAAGGCAUCAACUUCAUCAGAUUUGAUGUAUAUAGUUGCUCAUUUGAAAGGAUUUGACGAAGAAAGAAAGCAGUUGACAUUGCACAAAACAUUGAUUGACAAGUGUCUCGAUAUCAAUGCAUCACGAAAACUAGCAGAAUUUGCCGCUGACUUUGAGCAAACUUGUUGCGCAGAGGGUGUCACAUUUGAAGGUGAGCGCAAUAAGCAUCUCCACGACGAUCUUAUUGUAUUGCUUGCUAGAGAUGACUUGCAUAUCAAUGAUAAACUUCGACUUAUUUUGAUAUAUGCGUUCUAUCGUGGUGGGCUUAUGAGAUCUGAUUUUGAGAAAAUGAUUAAAUUUAUUGGCGUUAAGGAUUCUCACAUAAGUGGGCUUUGUGAACGAUGCUUCAAUAAUGUUGAUAAACUUGGUUUUGAGAUUUUCAAAAAAGAUCUCAAAUCCAAACCAUACUCGAAACAAAUGUUCCAUACAAUCAAUAAUGAAGGAACAUACAAUACUUCGAGAUUCACUCCUGGUCUCAAAACGGUGAUGCAAAAUGUUGCCAAAUACUCGCUUGACCGAGAUUGGUUCCCUUAUUUUAGGGAUACACCAUUGGAUGAUGAAUUAGUGACAUCCAGUUCAGAGCAGCAAAGGAAGAAUGAGAUUCAGACAAGUAACGGAACAUUGAGAAACCCCAGAAUCAAAGCAAGUUGGGCUAAUCAAUCUUCGUCGUCAUCCUCGAUUCCCACUUCAAAGCGAUAUGGCAAUGGCUCUAGUCUAGCCAAGCCAAAGCAAAGAAUAUUUUGCUAUGUUGCCGGAGGAAUGACAUACAAUGAGAUUAGGUCCAUCUAUGAAUUGUCCAGUACCAUGGGUAAAGAGUUUUAUAUUGGAUCAGAGUCGAUUUUGAAGCCACGUGAUUUCCUUAUUGGGUUACAAAAUUUGGGUGAGAACAAGACUUUGGAUCAGUUAAAUCUCAAUAUUGUGAAGGAGUCAAUGGAAAGAAAAGAAGUUCCUAUGCACUUGUAUAAUGAUGGUGGUAUUCCCAAACCACGUGCACCUCUUACAGCACAGUCUGUUCCCCAAAACCAACAAGGUUUUCAAGGUCAGUAUGGUCAAUCUUUUGCACAUGGUAACAAUGUUAAUGGAAGAGGAGGUGUUCCCACAACUACUUCACAACCAGGUUUCACUUCUUCUUCUUCUUUUUCUUCUUCUCAUCCUCAGCCCCACCCUCUUGCUGCCGGUGGCACUGGAUCUGGUGCACAAGUGCAACCACAAUUUGGCCAAACAAGUUCAUUUGAACAACAAGUUCAGCAACAGCAACAGAUGUACGCCCAGGCUCAUGGCUUGGAUCCAAACUCGGCACUGACUGGUGGAAAAACAACACAUUCUCAUUACCAAAAGAGAGGCUCAAGUGGAUCGCCACAACCAAUGGGAAGUGGCACUGAAGAGAAGAAGAAAUCUAAAGCCUCUAAAUUGAAAAAGUUAUUUAAAUAG